UUUAUCGGACUGCCGACUGAAUUAAAUUACUACAUUGAAUCCUAGUGCAAUGGUUGCCUACAGCAUAAUUUAAUUAUGGAUUUGAUUUUUAAUCUCGUCUCCGAUUUUGUUGUUCAAGUAUUUGAUUUUGGCUACUUACUUACUUGGAUUACUUUGCGCUUGACCUCAAUAUUGAUUCUGGUUACCCAAUUUUUCUACCAUUUGUUGGAGUCCGUUGCGAACGGAGUGCAUUCGGUUUUGGACUAUCUGCCUCUAUGUGACGACGGCAUAUUCCAAUGUGGAGUUGAUGCAGCGAUAUUGUUUAGCUGGAAUUUAAGAGACUUUUAUUCGAAUAUAAAAGACUCCAUGUCAAUGUGGCAGAUAUUAGUUGUAGGUGUGUGGUUGCUUCUCAUUGUGUGGUCGCACAAUCUGAGAAAAAUUCUUUGCAGUUGGAUUGCUUUUAUGAUAGUGGGAUCGUAUGCAGUUUUGAGGAAGCUUGUAAGUCGGCGAAAACCAACUCAAAAUCCUAAUAAGACAUUCUCUACAGUGAGGUUGGUCGUUUUGAUAUUUUCAACAUCAUUUAGCUUAGUGAAAGGGGUUAGCAAAUUUUUCUUUCGUGGCCCAAGAAAGACGACAACAACGAAUGCUGAUCCCGACUUAGUUUGCGUUAUUUGUUACGAACGACCCAAAUCUGUACUUUUAUUCCCGUGCAAGCACGUUUGUCUAUGUGGGGAAUGUUCGACAAAUGUGAUGAAUGACCGUAUGUUGCAGUACUGUCCAUUGUGCCGCGAAUUGAUAACAAAAACUAUGAAUGUCUAUUUGUAAUGAAAUCAUCGCGAUUUUCACAUACAUCUCCAAGAGAUUUUCUAUUAUAAAGACUUUCUUCCAAUCAAGCUGAACAUAUUUUUUAUACACAUUAUAUAUACAUAAAUUUUUGGUACAUUAAA